CAACUGUUUUAUACAAAAGCGCACAUGUGAGAUAUAACUGUUUUUUUUUUUUGUUCUUUACCGUGACAAAACGAAUCGAUACCGUUCAAACAACAUAUGAGGCGACAAAAUAGACGCACCCGCCGCAACGCGCGGACAUUCCCACUAGUGUUUUUAUAAUGAUUUUUAGUUGGUAUCUAUGGAGCAGCAACAAACAGCUACAAAUGCUCCCAUACAGGUAUCCGAACCUGUAACGGUAUCCGAACCUGUAACGGUACCCGAACCUGUACCCGCACCCGCACCCAAACCUGUACCCGUACUCAAACCCAAAUCGAUACCCAAACCCAAAAAAGUACGCAAAUCCAAACUUGUACCCAAACCCGUAUCGGUACCCGUACCUAAACCCGUACUCGCAACUGUACCCAAACCCAAACUCGAACCACAUAUAAAACUCAUAACCGGUUCCGAAGGCGAAACAUGGGAGGAUCCUAAUUUGAAUUCGAUCAAGGAGAAUUUACGGAACAAAACCGGUCUCAUUCGAGACGGAGUUGAUAAAUUAGACAAAUUCUUUAUGCACCGCACUCACAUUCGUACUUCUUCACCGCAAGGGAUGUAUCCCAUAUCGGUUCGAUAUCUAAUCCCAUAUUCGGAAUUGUUAAACUUAUUUCUAAGGCGGUGGCUUGAUAUUAGCGUAAUACAUUCGUUUUCCAUGUAUUUUUUUCUGUCUCCCAAUUCCCGGUGUGCAUUUUUUGAUCCGUACAAAAUUCAUGGUGCAAAAUGCGAAAGUGCUCCGGAAGAUGUGAUAAAACACAUCAAAGAGGUAUACGAGCAUCAUGAAUACAAAAGAUAUUUUCUUGCAUCUUAUCAUGACAAGUAA